GCAAGCUAGACCUCUUUUUUGUCAUAAGAACUCCACUUUGUUGAAUUCAGCUUCAAGCUUUCUCUUUAAUAAUUAACUCAUCACAUUAGUAUUUUCCUCCGUUGAGAGAAAUUUGUCUUUAAGGCUAGUUUCGUAACUUCCUUACAUUGUUGACGAGAAAAUGACGAUUGAGGGCGCUAUAAUCAGACACCAUGCUACACACUAGCACUGCAGGCGGUGUUAAUAUGUUACACAUGUUGCCGAUUUCUCAUCGAGGAUAUCCCCGUAUCUUGUGCUCGGUAGUUCAUAGUACCGUGUUUGCCUGCUGUCUCAAUGCAUCGGAAUACUGCUACGAGCGCGAACCAUGAUCAGUGGUCGACCCCUCCAUUUGAUUCAAGGGUGCUGCCAGCUUAUCAAAGACUGCUAACACCAGCUUCAUGUAGUUUAAAUCUGUACCCUUACCAGACACCACCUCCACAGAAUGGAGUGUCUCAUCCAGGACUCUUCCUGAUUGACAAGGGAAGAAAGACCAUAAAGAUUACAGGUCGCAGUCCGGUUACCCUAAACCAGCAAAACCAAGGCGGGCAGGUUCAGCCAAGUGUAGUACGCCCGACCACAGCUCCCAGCACGUCAGUCCGGACAGCACGUCUGGGCCCUAGGCCCCCAGAGACACCAGGUGCAUACAACUUACUUGUGCAAGUGCUGGGGGAUGAAAGCAAAGUACAGCUGCCAAAGAGAGGUCCAGCAACAGCAGAGUCGAGGGACCAGCCCAAGGCCAGUUCAAAGGGAGAUGCCCAGGUCAACGGUUUAGCAGUGUCAGCUGAGUCUAGGCUUUCUGCUGUAAGCAGUCUGAUGGCAACUGGGAGCAGAAACCGGAAAUCUUUCUCAGCAUCAGGUGACUUUGAAAAAGCCCAUGGAAAACCUAUGUCUGUGCGCACAUACACCGAGCACCCUCCUGGCCAUUUAACAGCACAAAGGACCCAAGUGGACAGCCAUUCAGGGCGGAACAGCUCAACAUCUACUGCAACUCCAAGUCAGAUUGAUCAAAGGAUUCCACAUCGUGACCACAGUGGGCUGGUUAAUACACCCAAAACAUCAACCAGAAGCAAUUCUGAUUCCAGUAGGAGUAGCAGGAAACGAACUCAUGACAGCCAUACCACUCCUGAACUUAGCCCCAAACCAAAUACCUCAAACCCUACUGGUAAAGUAUUGGACAAGAUUUCUGAUGUAAUAUGGCAAAAUUAUCAGCACUCCAAGCAAAACACUCAGCGACUAUACAAGAAGGAGAAUCUGCGAUUGGAGCUGGAAAGAAUUAUUCAAUCAAAAUACCAAGGCUCCAUGCUCUUCCUUGUCGGGUCAUCACUAAAUGGCUUUGCUACCAACAGCAGUGAUACUGACCUGUGCCUCAUGGUCAGCAACAAAGAGCUUAACCAGAAGUAUCAUGCAGCCUACAUCUUGAAUGUUCUACAUAAGCUGCUGUUAGAGAGAAGCAAUUUUGUUUCUGAAGCUCAAGUUAUCUAUGCUAAAGUCCCAAUCCUGAAAUUUGUGUGCUCGCGGACCUACAGUGGCCUGGAUUGUGACAUAAAUAUCAACAAUUCCACUGGAAUCAGAAACACUCACCUGCUGCAGACUUACUCAAAAAUUGACUGGCGUGUUGCUCCACUGGUGAUUCUCAUCAAGCAGUGGGCCUCUGCUCAGGGCAUCAACGAUGCAAGUCAAGGGACGCUGUCCAGUUACUCGCUGGUACUCAUGGUAAUCAGCUACCUCCAAGUCAAAUGCAAGCCAUGUAUUCUUCCUUGUCUUCAUCAGACACACUCAAGCACCUUCAACUCGCAUUCUGAUGUUCGCUUCCUGUACGACACGCAUCCAAACAACCCUCUCCCAAGCCACAUUGUAUUCAGGUCCAAGAACACGGAUUCAUUGUGGGACCUCCUGAGGGGCUUCUUUGAAUACUAUGUGGAAGAAUUCAGGUUCCAGACCAACGUAAUCUGUGUACGGCUCGGCAAUACCUACCCUCUUCGUGAUGCUCUGUACGGGUCCAGAGACUGGGUCAACAAGUACAUCUACAUUGAAGAGCCUUUUGAUAGAAACAACACUGCCCGGGCUGUUUACAACGAUGCAAACUUCAGGAAGAUAAUGCGGACGUUUGAGAAGACGCAUCAGAAAUUGUCACUCAUCAGCGAGUCGGAUUUGGAGGAUCCAGAGGAAGUGUUGAACUUCAGAUAUGACAGGUCAUCGAAAGACACGCCCCCAAUAAAAAAGAAAAAGAGAUGAUUUCAAGAAAACUGCAGCUGAAGCGCAAGCUUGUCAUCAACCGAGAAAAGUUUGCCCAUCUCUCGUGAAUACGGAAGGUGCCCCCCCACACACAGUGCCAAAUACAGCUGGAUUUAAGAGAUGUGGCAGCAAUAGGCCAGUCCUUCUGUCGGCCAACUAAUGGAUUGUUAAAUUCCAAGGAUGAGUGAGACUGAUAGCUCCUCAGAAAACCUUUUUGCCAUAAUAAAUGGAAAUCAGCGAGAAGCUGAUCCAUUGAUAGUGGCACCAGUGGUGGAAAGAUAUUCAAAGAAAGCAGUCCAAGCCACUUCCUGCAGGAGCAAAAGAUGGCGAGUUGUUUUUUUUUUAACUGAAGAAUGGAAUCACUUUGAUGGGAACUCACAGCAUGUGUUGUUCAGGUACAUGGGUGCUUCUGGACGGGAGCGGCUGCUUGGGUAGAACCAAUUGAAGCCUGUCUUUUCUUUGCCGAUGAGGGGGUGCUCUCAGUCAAAGCAGACUGUGGAAGUAAAGAUCAAUUCAAAGUACCCCUGUAGGCGCCGUGAACCAGCUUGUCAACAGAAAAUUGGACGGCAGUGUGGCCAUGUCUUUAUUUUUGAUUCCAUAUUAGUUUCUCCGUUUAUUUUAGAUAUGUCUAUCAUUGUUCUCAUCUAUUAUCAUUGAUCGACUUGAAUGGGCAAGAGGAAUGCUUGAAGUUACUGUACAUUUGUAACCUCAGUACAUGAUGAGGCAGUGUUCACAUGGUUGAUAUCUGGAAGUACGCAGACACUGUAUGGUGCUAUUCUUAGAUAAAAUACCAAUGGGUCUUCAGUUUUGCACUCUCUGGUUAUUAAUCCAAUUAGGAAAGUGCUGAGGACUGCUCUCUUGUGCCGCAUCUGCAGAAAAUGGAGAGGUCUGGUAAUAUGAUACAUGUAGCUUUAUUUCCAUGCAGUUAUCUCGUGGCAAAGUAAUAGGGACGUCAUUAAGAAAUUCCCCCGCCAGUAAUUUGUCGUAGCAAGAGGGUAAUGUUUUCCAUUGAAAUUUGAUAGGAUAUCUGUAAUGUUGGAAGACUAUGAAGACAGAGUUCUAUCACAAAGGUCCAUCAGAACUAAACCUGGAAUGCUGGUUUUCUUGUACUCGGAUUUCGACUGGGGUAUUGUUCCCCCCCCCCUUCCUCGCCAACAUUUAGCAGGUCCUUGAAUGGCUGAUGCCUAGUGGUCUCACAGAUAGCUGUAAGACAUUUUCUUGUGAUCACCUGUGUACCUGUAGUUAUCUGUCACAGUGUGGAUAUUUGUGCGCACAAGAGUGAUUUUUGGAGUGGCUCUGUUGAAGCAUCUUGUCAUGUGAGAAACUGGUACAUGUACUGACAUUUCGACACCACUUCUGGAAACCAUCAUGAAAACUGCUAUUGCCAAUGUCCUCUAAACAUAGCUCAUCAGGAUUGUCAAUUCACUUUUUGUACGAAUAUUUACCUGCGUAAUAUGUUAAGAUCAUUCAUUUUAAAGCUUUUUUUUAUAAUUUCACGUCAGCAAUAUCGUUGGCUCCUUUAUGACACAGACAACAGGAAAGUUAUUGGCGUAUUGGUUGUCAGCAAUUUUGGCCAUAUUAUAUGAAUGCACAAUCCGAUAAAGCAAACUCUUUAUAGAAACUCAAAAUUGAUGUGGAGAGUUUGCAGCAAAGUACAUGGAGGUGUUGCAAAAUUAUUAAUCAGAUUAAUCUAUGGAGAUAUAUAUGCAUAAAGUGAAACAUGAUUUUUAAAUUUAGUUUUUGAAGUUGAUAAUAUUCAGAAGCAACCCGAUGUUAAGAAAGUUUCUGAAUCUUUUCCAAAUGUGCAGAAAUUGUUUAGAAAGUUCUGGGGUAAAGUUCUUUUCAUAGAAGGGAAAGGAAGAUUUUUCUCAAUUUCAACAAAAUCUGAGAAUAUUCGCUGAAAUCUGUGGCCAAAUUUUUGGAACUAGACAGAGCUUUUUUUGUUGGUGGUGGGAGUCUGAAAGGUCUGUUAUAAUUAGUGCAUUUCCUUUAAGGAGACAUGUACUUUUAUCAAGAGGAUCAAUACAAAAGUUUUCAGUUGUGAAAGACUUAAAGUUCCCAAUUUUAGAAAGAGUGAGUUAUGCAUAUCUGUGAAAGCUGAUUGCCAAUCUUGUCUUUAUCACUUGUUCUCAGAUGACUGUAUAUUGACGGUGGAAUUCUAGGAAACAUUUUUAGAAAAAGGGGCACAAAUUUUCUUUAUAUUCAAUAAGCCCGGCAUAUGUCGUUUUAAGCAUUAAACUGUCAGGAAACAAGUAUAUUUUUUUGAUGCUAAACAUUGUUUGAUUUGCAAUUUAUUUAUAUUAUUGAACAGGAAAGUUAUCAAUUAAAGUUCAAGUUAGCAAAUUACA